AAUUUCAGCAACAGAAAUGGAAUGGGAGAUAUCGGAGAGUUAUCGAGCUGCCAAAGAAGCUGCUCUACACCGCAAGUAUGACCAAUCGGCGUUGUUUUUACGUACCGCUCUUUCGCUAGUUGAACGUCGUCUGAAUAGUGUAUUGAUUGAUCCAAAUAGAGACCAACUUCUUAAAGUAAAAUCGGUCUUGAAGUUGAAUGUGGAGCGAAUGAAUGGUAUUGCAGAUGUCGUUUCGCAGAUGCGGCAAAUGGCCAGUGUGGCAACAUCGUCAUCACCCGUUGACGCACCACCAAGCGAUCCUGAUGUGUGGCCUCUGCCGCCGUUAACAAAGAAAACAUCGGUCAUUCCGAGUCCAAAAAGAGGCCGCAGUAUUACCAAAAGAGCUAAUUCAUUGGGACGUGCAUCUAUGAAUGAAUUGUCGGAAGUAAUCUCGAAUGAGGAAGGCGACAGUAAUAGCAACGAGAAAGGAGGAAAUGAGAAAGUAUUUGACGAUAAAGGGUUCGAUAGGGAAUUGGUGGAAAUUAUCGAACGCGAUAUUAUGCAAAAACGUCCCAAUAUUCACUGGGAUGAUAUUGCUGGCCUCGAUGAAGCCAAGAAACUCUUGAAAGAAGCGGUCAUACUACCGUCAGUUAUGCCGAAUUUCUUCAAGGGUAUUCGGCGUCCCUGGAGGGGUGUCUGUAUGGUUGGUCCGCCAGGAACAGGUAAAACUAUGCUCGCAAAAGCUGUUGCAACGGAAAGUCAGACGACAUUUUUUUGUGUUUCAUCUGCAACACUGACUUCAAAAUACCGUGGAGAUUCUGAAAAACUUGUGCAGCUUCUUUUCAAAAUGAUAAGUCCUGUUGCUCGCUUUUAUGCUCCAUCAACAAUAUUCAUUGAUGAAAUAGAUAGUCUGUGUAGCAGACGAGGUGCUGACAAUGAACACGAGGCAUCACGUCGAGUUAAAUCGGAGUUGUUAACACAGAUGGAUGGUUGUUCACCAGACGUUUCGCGAGUUCUUGUGCUAGCUGCUACAAAUUUUCCUUGGGACUUGGAUGAAGCUCUAAGAAGACGUCUUGAAAAACGGAUAUACAUUCCACUGCCAGAUAAAACAAACAGAUUUCAACUGUUAAAGUUGGCUUUAACUGAAGUUUCUAUCGAUGAAGAAGUUAAUUUAGAAAGUGUAGCCGAUUCGCUUGAUGGUUAUUCGGGAGCGGAUAUCACAAAUGUCUGUCGUGAAGCGGCAAUGAUGAGUAUGCGUGUGCGUAUUGCGAAUCUAACAGCUGAAGAGAUUAAGGCGUUGACACAAGAAGAGGUUGAUUUGCCGAUCACUUCUAAUGAUUUUUCACAAGCGAUACAAAAUACAUCACCGUCGGUUUCCUAUUCUGAUGUGAAGAAAUAUGAAAAAUGGAUACAUGAUUUUGGCGCGGCAUGA